AUGACUAAUAAACAAAAAGACUAUUGGACGAGUUUUAUUUCAGGUAGUGAAUCUUAAUCUAUCAAAAGGUGGUUUUGCUGGAGUUUGUGCUAAAACUGUAAUCUCUCCAUUUGAAAGAAUCAAAUUGCUAUAUUUGGUAUCGAUGUGUUAUCAUAUCUAUAAUAGACUAGAUCAACUCAAUUCACUUAUAAAGCAGCUAUCCAAGAUGCAAUAUAUGUGUAUUAACAUCAUGGUUUGAUCAAUUUUUGGAGAGGUAAUCAGGCCAAUAUAUUAAGAAUAUUUCCACAAUCAGCCAUUGUAAAACAUAUUAAUAAAUAAUAGAAUUUCUCAACCUUCGAUUAUUUGAGACGUAGAUUUGCUCCAGAUAGAGAAGAUAAGACAAUUUUAAGAAAAAUUAGAUUAUUUUUAUGUGGAUUAAUUUCAGGCAUUGUUGCAUAAAGUAUAGCCUACCCAUUUGAUUUUUUACGAACAAGAUUAGCAAUGUAAAAAGAUGCUUUCCUUUAUAAAAACAUAUAUGAUGCAGCUCUGAAGAUUUAUAAAAUUGAAGGAUUCAUGUCCUUUUAUUCUGGAUUACCUAUAGGAAUUAUAGGUGUAGGAAUUUAUCAUGGAAGUGGUUUCUUUUCUUUUACAUUGAUGAAAGAAUAUUUGCUUGAAAAAUAUCCAUGGAUAGCCAAACAUAAAAGUACAGACUUUACUUUAGGGGCAAGUGGAGCCAUUAUUGCUUAAGUUUUAGCUUAUCCUUUUGAUAUUGUAAAGAAGAGAAUGUAAGGGUAGAAUGUAUUGCUCUAACAAGGAGAGAUUUAAACAAUGACGUACUUUUUAUUUUAUAAUAAUUUAAGAUCCACAUGGGUACAGAUAAAAACUAUCUAUAGAGUUGAGGGAAUCAUCAAAGGAUUUUACAAAGGAGUUUCACUCAACUUUAUUAAAGCUCCACUAUCAUCUGGUACUGCAUGGACAGUCAAAAACUCAGUUAACAGGCUACUUAAUAAAAAUUAUGAUUUCUGAC